UGACAGGGAUGAGGGGAUGAGCUUCAUUUCUGUGAAUGUGUCAGGAUUCUGAACAUGCUGAAAUAGGGAGAGAGAUUAGAGUAUAGGUUAUGGUGGAGUUAAUUUGUGCUGCUGAUGCUUUGCACAGUGUCUAACUGGUGGGGAUCCAGUCCUACGUGAGGCUUCUUCUGUUCCAUCAUCUGUGUGUGUGUGUGUGGGGCUGGAAACACAGGGAUCAUGAGCUCAAAGGGGGCCAACCUGCACAACAAACGUCAGCCAUCUGAAACGGAGAACGCACUGAGGCUUCCGGACAUGGAUGCGGCCCAGCAGCUGAAGCUCCGAGAAAGACAGCGCUUCUUUGAGGAAGCAUUCCAGCAUGACGUGGAUGUUUACUUCUCCUCAGCACACUUGCAGAUAGAUUACAAGAGGGCUCCCAUGAGCAGCAUCUCAUCCAUGGAGGUCAAUGUGGACAUGCUGGAGCAAAUGGACCUUUUGGACAUCUCCGAUCAGGAGGCCCUGGAUGUGUUUCUCGCUUCAACUGAGGAGGAUGACUCAUGUUCAUGUCCACUAGAAGGUCUCGGCAGCAGUAGCAACACUGAUGUUACACUGAGGGAAGAAAUCUCCAUGAGAGUCCCAGACACCUGUGAGCUCAAAUCACGGAUAUCCUCCACUUCCUCCACCGCCACCUCCGACAGCCAGGGGGAGGACGGAGCCGAAACCCCCGUGGUCCAGUCGGAUGAUGAGGAUGAUCAUGAUGAUGAUGAUGAUGAUGGGCUUUUGAUAAAUGCUACACCUUCUGCCAGUGGUGUAGGAGAAGAAUCAGAGCUGUCAUUAUGAACAGCGUCACCGGUUACUACUGAUGAAUCGUGUAUCCCAAUGUUUGUGUGCUUUUAAAGACUUUCUCUGGUAGGUUGCCUGGUUCUACGUACCAAAAACGUAAAUGGAUUCUAGUAUACAUCUAUUUCUUCGUAUAUGAUGAACCUGAACUGCUGCUGUAGAUUAGUGCUUACAGACGUUUGCAUGGUCCAUCUUGCAUUGCUUUUAAUGGGUGAGUAGCAAAAUCUCGUUUACGAUUAAUAAGGCAGGUAUUAAACAUGUACCUUUUAUAUACGUCACAGAAAACUUAGUCCUAAGCUGCCAUAUGAAAUGUGCAUCACAACUCUCACUCUUCAUGCCUUUGUAUUUUUUUUUCCUCAUGCCUUUACUUACUCGAUCUCAACAACACUUCAUAUUUUUCAAAUAUCAAAAUAAAGGCAAAUCCAACUUCUCGUGGAAUAUCGGUGUUUUGAAUACGUAUACUGCACGUUUACUCAUAGUAUGUGUUCACUCAUGACCGUUAAUGAAAGGCAGCAUGGAAUAUAAUUACAAAGACUAAUUAAGUUCAUGCUGUUUGCUGUGAUGAACCACAUCCACACAUAGCUUGGUAUAAUUGCAAUAAUAAUAAUAAUAAUAAUGCUGUUGUAAUACAUAUUUACACCUCUUUGUACAGGAAUAUUUUCAUCUCAGACUUGUUAGAUGAAUUGCUUUGGUCUAGGAAACUGUUAAUUGUUAACCGUUUACCGACAGUACAUUUGAUUCAUUCAUCUUCAGGCACCGCUUCAUCCUUGGUCAUUAAGGUACACUACCAUUCAAAAGUUUGGGGUCACUUUGAAAUGUCCUUAUUUUUGAAAGAAAAGCACUGUUCUUUUCAGUGAAGAUCACUUUAAACUAAUCAGAAAUCCACUCUAUACAUUGCUAAUGUGGUAAAUGACUAU